GCCUCGGGCGCCGAUCUUCGCUCGCCAGCCACUCGCAGUUGUGGUUACAGACCUGCAGCUCCCCUCCCCCUCCCCACCCAGGCCCGCCCGCACGCCUGCCCGCCUGCCUUUCUGUCUCCUCUCUCCCUCCGUACUGGACGGCCCGGGUCCAUUUCCGGGCUCCGGAUAUUUGGUAUCGAUCGGGGCAGGGGGCGCGAGAGCAGGUGGCUGCGGCGGGGUAGCUGGGCCGCUAGCCUGGGGCGCCGGGACGGUUCUCCCGCCGCCUUUGUCGCUAGCCCUUCCGCGCCUGCCGCUCCUCCCCCAGGUCGGCGCGAGCUGCCGGCCGGACUUUGCGCCGCGUCGGGCGCUGCUGCUGCGCGCGCGGGGCCGCUCUCGGGGCCGGCGGCGGCGGGGAAGCGGGCGGCGAGGGGCGGCCGGGACCCUGGCCCAACAUGGCUGAAGUCACCAUCGACCAGUCCAAGCUGCCCGGAGUCAAGGAAGUGUGCCGAGAUUUUGCUGUCUUAGAGGACCACACCCUGGCCCACAGCCUGCAGGAACAAGAGAUUGAGCAUCAUUUGGCAUCGAACAUUCAGCGGAACCGUUUGGUCCAACAUGAUCUCCAGGUGGCUAAGCAGCUUCAGGAGGAAGAUCUGAAAGCUCAGGCUCAGCUCCAGAAGCGCUACAAAGACCUUGAACAACAAGACUGUGAAAUUGCUCAGGAGAUCCAGGAGAAGCUGGCUAUCGAGGCAGAGAGACGACGCAUUCAGGAGAAGAAGGAUGAGGACAUAGCUCGUCUUUUGCAAGAAAAGGAGUUACAGGAAGAGAAAAAGCGAAAGAAACACUUUCCAGAGUCCUCUGGAUCCAGUGCUUAUGGAGAUAGUUACUAUUAUGAAAAUGGAGACCAGCCACAGUCAAGGAGGGCAAGGGAAUUGGGUUCUGGAGUCUCAAGGUCAUGUAGACUCCAAAGUGAUGGAAACACUGUGAAGCAAAGGAACAAGAAACCCAAACAUCCAGUGGAGAACUCGGAAGAACUAGAAGAUCAUUGUUCAUCAGGGAAAUUUCUGUCAUCCUGUAGCUUGGGCAAAGUGAGGGCCAGUUCCCAAAUUGACACUGAGCAGCGUGAAAGGAAACGAUCUGAUCCUGAGAGACUUUGGAGACCUCCACUUCCCAAGAUCAGUGGUGAGGUGUUUCUGAGUACUGGAUUUGAUGAUGGGGAAGCUAACAGUAGCCAUCGGACUCGGAAUUGGGAAAAACAGUCCAGACACCAAGACCGACUUUCACCCAAGUCUUCACUGAAAGCAGGGCUUCAUUGCAAGGAAGCUGUAUAUGGGAGGGACCAUGGGCAAGGUGAGCACAGAGAAAGGAAACACAGGCCCAGGACUCCUCCCUUCUCAGAGAGUGAGGAACGGCUCCAGCUCCAUGACACAGGAAUGAAGCCAAGAGGGAUGAAAGAAGCUGUCUCUACUCCGUCGCGAGUGGCCCACAGAGAUCAGGAAUGGUAUGAUGCUGAAAUUGCCAGAAAACUGCAAGAAGAAGAAAUAUUGGCUACCCAGGUGGACAUGAGAGCAGCUCAGGUAGCCCAGGAUGAGGAAAUCGCUAGACUUCUCAUGGCUGAAGAAAAGAAAGCUUACAAGAAGGCCAAGGAGCGGGAGAAAUCAUCUUUGGACAAAAGAAAACAUGACCCUGAUUGGAAGCCAAAAACAACUAAGUCGGCACACUCAAAGUCAAAAGACAGUGAUGAUCUUCACCGUCCUAAGAAUGACAGGCCAGCACGGCCACCACCACCUACCAUGACAGAGGCUGAAGAUUUGGAUUACACUCAUUUUACAAACCAGCAUAAUUCCACACGUCAUUUUUCAAAAUCAGAAUCCUCUCAUAAAGGUUUUCAUCAUAAGCAGUAAAACCCUAGGAAUCUGCCUUGAGAACGGACUCACUGUAGCAAGCAUUACUGGAUAAUACAGAAUGCGUUCCACACUCAUUUUUCCCUCCUGUGUUUGUAUUCUGGGAUUUAUCUUCAAGUGUUCUUCUGACUAUAAAUAAUUUUAAUUCAUUUAAAACAUUUUGGUUAUUCCUGAUCACUUGGGCAGUACAAGAAAAUCUAGCUUCUGAAUAUUGGCCACCUCUCUGCUGCAUAUGCUUCUUGGGAUAUAGUAUCUAAAAGGUCUGUAAAACGUCAUUUUUGUUAGGUAUGGAGUACUGGUAUCUAGAGACUAGGCUUUAUUUAGCAGUUAGAAUUUUGUGGAGCUUAUGAUCAGAGUAUAACAAUGUUUGGAUGCAAUACAGAAUAAAAGAAUAUAAGAAAUAGCUUUUUCUCGUGCAUUAGUGUAUGGUAUAUUGAAGAAAGAAUAUUUUGCUUUUUGUAUUCUUCAGGAAAAUUAAAAAAAAAAAUAACAACCAUAAAGUAUUUAAAAAAAAAAAACGAAAAACGACCAAAACCUGGAACAGUCAGAACAUGUUACUUUGACCACCAGGACUGUAGCAGUUUUGCAUCUGGGAGAAUUGGCCCAGAUGUCAUUCUCUGACACUUUCUCUGCUUCUGCUUAAUAGGUCUUUCUGAGGCCUUUGGGCAUUGGACUAUUUAUUGGUAUUUAUUGGCAAAAGUUUAAUUCUAUGAAAUUUUAACUCAGGUCUGUGCAAAGUCAACUGAAAGUGAAAAAGUGAAAAACUUUGUAUCCCUUCUCUUCUUUUACAUUUACAUAUAGAGCCAAGGAAAGUGGAAUUGGAAAAAUAUUUAUAUAAGUGGUGAUGCCAUCAUUCUUUCUGGACAUAGAUUGACAAGUUUUCCUCUUGCUUAAAAACAAUGGUAUUUGUUGGCAAUCUCCCAAAAAAUAUUUUAUCGAUCUGUCAGUAAUCAGAUUAAUUCCAUGUGAAGUUGAAGUAGAUAAAAUGGUUCUUUAUCCCGGUAUUUGGCUCUACAUAUUCGUUACUGAUACAUGGCAUUGGACUCCUUUGUACCAAGACCUUUAAAGCCAUCUUUGACAGAUCUAGUCAUUGUCCAGCUCCUAACCUUGUGGAAAUGCUUAUUCUCCCAUACUAGUUAGUUAACAUAAAUGGCAAUCAUGCUGUAUAUAUACACAUACAUAUAUAUGUGUGUGUGUAUAUAUAUAAAUUUCCCUUCAGCUUGACUUUCCAUUAUUUUUCAUUGUAUGAAUCUGACAUUUUUGACAUUCCAGUAUAGUGUUUGUUUAGGAAAGAAAUACGUAGAUGACUAGAGAAAAGAUGUUAAUCCAUUCUUUUCUCACUGGGAACUGCCUAUUGUUUGCCGUAUCUUUCCGGAUAGUCUUUCAAGUCAGGCAAUAUUCAGGAAGCUAUUUAGAAUUGUUUCUCACAGUGGAUUUGGGUCCUUUCAUAAGGAGAAAGAUCUUUCUUCAUGAAGUUUUUGGAUUGCGGAAACUUGAGUGAAAGGUAGCUGAGAGUCAAGUUUUAGGGAAAUGAUAAUCUAGAAAGAAAGAAACCCUAAAAGAUGAGUCAUUUUUGAGAAGUGGGGAAAGAGAAAAACAAACAAACCAGACUUUGAAUGACCCUGAUGAAAUCAGUAAAGCAGAGUCUUGAAUUAAAUAGGCAAGGGCGGACGAAAUGGAGUUCCUAGCCUUAGUCAAAUUCUAGAGGGUGCUUUCAGUAUCCAAAACUUAGGUCUUGUUGACUUCUAGUAAUGCUAUAUUUUUCUUUGUCUGCCCUGUGAUUUUGCUUCAUGUUUUAAAAAGUUUUUUUUGUGGUAACCUUAAAGAACAGAAAACACAAUGUAUUUUUUAUUUUGAUAGGCAAAUGGGCAACAUCAUUUGCCAUAUUUUUAUUUCAUAAAUGUUUAUUAUUCUAUCUCGUACAAUGAUCAGAUUUACUUUAAAAAUUCUGCAUUUGUCUUGCUUCUCAUGUACUUUAUCCAAUCAUAUUUAUUACUGUAAAAUGCUAUCUGGAGAUAUUCUUGUUCAAAAAGAUGUUAGGCCACUUAACAUUUAACCCUUGGAUGUUAGUGUUUCAGCUGUUUUAGUGAGCGGCCAGAGGUGAUAGUUCCCUGUGACACCCAGUUCAACAGCUGUAUUGAAAAUUCAUUACUUUUUUUUUUUUUAGGUUUUUUAAAAAUUAGAAUUUUAAAAUAUUUUUUAUUUUUUUGUAAAGCAAACACUUUUAAAGAGUAUCAGAGUAAUUCUUUUAUUAGUUAAAUCCUCUUAUUCUCAUUCAAAUAAUAUAGUUAUUAUCUUUUAAGACUAUAGAAGUAACUAACAACUAUAUUAAAAGGAACCGCCAAACAUUCCUCACUGUAUUCUCUGCUUUUCACUUUGUUAUAUUUAUAUAAAUGUGGAAACAUGUUGUUCUUCUUUCUACCACUGGAACACAUGCAAUUUAAUUUUUAGGCCCACAGUGUAUUAUGCUUUCAUGUUGUGAUGUAAACUAACAUCCUGGCCUUGGAAAUCUUUGUUUCUGUACUUUUCUCUGGAGGCCCCAUUAACGCUAGUGUUGCUGAGUGAGCACAGCAUGGUAUGGAGCCUCAUCAUAAGGUGACAGGAUGUGUACACCCUCUGUCCCCAGCCUAACUUUCUGUAACUCAUUGCCUGGAAGCAAGGUCAGACAAGGGUCACAUUAAGUGUUCUGAGUUGAAAACAAUUUGUAGUAUGAAACCGUUGUUAGAUGUAAUAAUUUUGCCAGAGACUGGACAGUUGGUGCAUACGCUUUAAAAGAACACUGAGAUUUUUAGAAAGUGACUUUGCAUACCUUUGAAUUACUUUUUCUCGAGUGACUUUACAACAACCAGCAACAGACUAAUGAACUGCAAAAAAGACACGGUUUUUGAUCAUAGAGAAACAUCUAAAUUAGAAAAGAAAGCUACGGAUAGAUGUUUCCCAGGAGGAAAACCUUUUCAGAUUUGCAGUGGCCGCUUGGAUCUCGACCAACAUAUUCCAGGGUGUGUGACCUUGGGCCUUGUGUUCCACUGAACUCACUCUAGAAAAUUGUGAACCGGACCCAUUUUCCCCUUUUCUUCUCUGCUGUGGUCUGCAGCUGAACUGGAUGGUGAAUAAACUCAUUGCUGACACUGUCCACACCUUUCGAUCAAUGUCCGGACUUUUCAGUAUAAAUAUAAUUAACUUUUAAUGGAUAAUUAUUUUUCUUCAAUACUGUCAAAUAUUCUCUAAUUUUUGUCUGGUGCCAAAUUAUUCUUUGGAAACACCUGCUAUAUAAUAUGGUGCAUUCAGUUUACCACAUCAGUGGUUAACAUCUUAGGGCCUUGAUUUUUAAUGGGUAUUGCCUUUGUAUAAAAAUCACUUUGGGGAAUAUCAGGAUAAUUGAUUUAUUCAGUGAUUUUCUUGAAAGAUAACUGGUGACUACAUGUAAGAUCUUCCCUCUAGAUAAAGGGAGUGAGACCGUGGUGUAAUCAGCUUUCCGAGGGACUGAGAACAGAAUAGAACUUGCACUGAAAGGCUUUUUUCCCUUUUGGGAGAAGAGUAUUUGUGUGAAAGGGAACACUGUUCAGGUAGAUUUCACCGCAGGUAGUGCGCCAUAUUCUCAUAACACUGGCUUUUUAGCAACAGUCAUAAAAUAACCAAAACCUGUUCUUUCAGCCAAAAGGAAAAAACAGAUUUUUAAAGUACUUUGUCCCUUAUUUACUGUUCAUAGUUAGAGAAGCGACUAGAAAAAGUGGUCCUAUUUUCUCCUCAUAGCUGGUGGUGCCUGUUAGUCUUAAAGCCAUAACUGCUUAAAGUACUGUUGAUAGAAUCCUAUUUUUCUCCUUUAGCUUAUAACAGGGAACGUGGUCAGGGAGGCGCAAACUGGAGGCUAUCCUGAUAAUGUUGCACGGGGCUCAGUGUCACCCAGAUUCCUGGCCGGAGAGUCUCAUUUAUCCCUGGUGAUACUUAGGAUUAUUAAAGGGAAGAGUCAAGGCUGUUGUUCCUCCUGCCAUUUAAUUGUUGUUAGAAACACUAAAAUUUAGUUCCAGAGAAGUCAAAAAGCAAGGGGUCAUCUGGGAAAAUUUCACUUCUUACAGAGUCACUUUUCUGAUGAGGCUUGCACUUUUUGCAAGCAAUGUCUCGAGGAGCAGUGUUGCCUUAAAUCAGUUUGAUUCUGACCGAGGUCAGUGUACUGUACUUCCUUUACGUGAAUGACUGUCAACUCUCCAUUGAGAUCAUUUUAAAUUCAUAGGUGAUCCCCAGACACCCUUGCCAUCAGAAACUCUGGAUUUCCUCCCACUGAGCUAUGGCUGACCUAUACACUGAGAGAGUCAUCAUUUCAUUGAGUUCCUCUCAGUCUGUGAACGAGCAGUGGCAUGACCUAAACAGGCUGGCGGAAGGAGAGUGAGAAUUCAGUUCCCUCUCCGGAUUCUCCGGGCUAUCACUCCCUGCAUAAUUGAGAGUUGACUGUCUUUCUGUUCAAUAGUGACUAUGUAGAAGGUACUUCUAAAGGUGGUAUUGUGUAGCAAAGUCACUUACUGUUUUGUGAGGAUUUCACCAACACUCUUGUGUUUUUAAAUGCAUAUCAUUGACAAAAAAAAAAAAAAAGAAAGAAAACCAAACAAAACAGAGACUUUUACUUGAAAUGGGAGAGUCUUUGAUGUGAAGAAUGUUUCUAUUUUAUUACUUUUAGGAGAAAAUUAACCAGGAGAACUUUUGCUGUGGGAAGGAAGACACCAGAGUGUUUUUAUAAGGUUGUGUUUGAUGCCAUAAAUUUGACAGAAUCAUCUACAUAAUCAUGUUGAUUUGUAGAAAUACCUAGUGCUGGAAACCGCCGUCUUCCCUUCUGUAUCUGUGACUACUGCCUAGGAACAUGUCCUACUGCAUUUCAUAGGCUGUUGUUUAUUCUCAGCACAUUGGAGGGUGGGUUUCUCCUUCUGAAUAUCUCUUGAUAGGCGGCGCUGUGUUGCUUUCAGCGUUUCAGAUGAGGACAGAAUUAAUUGUGCAUCUUAGUGCCCCAUUAUUCAUUGCUGAGGUUCAUAUAUAAAGAACAGGACAAUUGAAAGACAGGGUAUUUGAGGGACAUGUCCUUCACAAAAGAGCAAGGACUAAGAGCAGUAAAAAGACAGCUAAGAGAAUAUACCGUUACACAUUGCAUACUUAGGCUAUAUUUUUGUUGCACUGAAUUUCAGACCAUAAUUGCUAAAAUAGUUUCUAGCUACUAAAUUUAGUAAGAGGGUUAUUGAUGUCAGAUAUUUUUUUUAUUUCUGUUUGAAUUAGCCCCUGAAAUCACUGUAGGCUGUAACUUCAGCUCUUGCUAUAACCUGAAAGCCAAAUGCCCUUUUUUCAGAUGUAGCUAUAUUUUUCACCUGCCUCUUAAAGGCAGCCCAAUCUUUGUUUCAUGAAGUAUUAUAGAUAAGGAGGAGAUACAGUGGGAAGAUAGCAUAUAAAAAUGGUGUUCCACCAUGAGGAUUCUCUAUAAUGAGGUUUUCCUUAGGAAGAAUCCAUCCCGGAACAAUAUUAUAUCUUGAAAAGGUGCUGGAUUAUGAAGUACAAGAGUAUGCUCAUAUCAAUCAAGUUGCUCAGGAAAUGAGAGGUGGUGCUGUCAUUUGUCUUACAAUUUGGAAAAGUGCUUUCCUGAGAGAGAAAUUGCAUAGUGUCCAGGCAGUUUCACACUCUUUGGUAAGAAGCCCUUUGGCAUCUGGAAUGUGGAUAUGUUUAAAAAAUGAGUGAGAUAUUAACCCAAGUGCUUAUCAACUUGUAGCCAAGCCCCAGAAGGAAAGGCAGCUUUGAAAUAGCUACUUCAUGGAACUGAACAGAACCUUAAUGGAAUCCAGUGGUCUGUCUGAGGACAGAAAACAAAGAGGCCACCUCAGACCACAUGCCUAUUUAGAGAUUAGAUGAAACUGUGAGGGACACUCUGUGGAUGCCUUAAAGGUGACUGGUGUUGAGUACUGGUGGGUACGCGCACACCCAUCUGGACUGGACUGACGGAAACCGUCUAUUUUCGUUCACCUUCACACAGCCCAAGUCGUUCCUGCUCGUGACCUCCUUGAGGAACAUGAGAAACAUGGUGCUGGUGACUUCGCGUGUCUUGGGAGGUUGAGGUGGUCAUGUCGUCAGCACUCUCCAGUGCUCAUGCCUCCCUUAAAUGCCAGUUCUACAUCUGCAUUAACUCACCUAUGCAAGCUUAUGUUUUUAUGGUUUGUUUUCUACACUUUGUCCCAUUUGAUUCUUUAAAUAUCAGGUUUAACAUUAAUAUUAUGAAUAAUUUUUAAACCAAAGUAUGUAUAUGUCUGUGCUUGUUUUCCUGGAUGGUUUGAGGCAAACACCAGCCUUGUCCUUCUCUCUUAAUAAAGUCAUCCGUUUGUUAA